AUGCCUAUUUUGUACAAAACAAAACUGGGUUAUAUCCUCGGUGGCGGUAUGAUUCCAGCCAUGGGAACAAUUAAAACAAACACACUUUGUGCUAUAUCAGAACAGCUACAAAAGUUUUGGGAGCAAGAGGAGGUAAAGUUCGAUGAGAAAACAGAUCAACAGACCGAAGACGAAUGUGAAAGAAUUUUCAUUCAAACAACGGAACGAACUACAGAUGGGAAAUUUGUAGUGAACAUUCCAUUCUCAGAAAACGUUACAGAAUUGGGCGAAUCCCGUUCUACCGCACUGAAAAGAUUUACAAUGUUAGACAAAAAACUGCUUCACGAUGAACAAUUAAGCGACCAAUACGAAGCUUUCAUGCAUGAAUAUGAGAAUCUAGGACAUAUGUCAGAAAUACAUGAGUACGAUUCUAGUGAAGGUUAUUAUCUUCCACACCAUGCAGUUAUUAAGCACUCUAGUGUAACAACCAAGCUCAGGACAGUGUUCGAUGGUUCGGCAGCAACAAGCUCUGGAUUAAGCCUUAAUGAUGUACAAUUAAAAGGUCCAGUGGUGCAAAGCGACCUACUGGAUAUUUUAUUACGAUUCAGAAAAUACCAAUACGUUUUUAGUGCGGACGUGGAGAAAAUGUAUCGACAAAUACUGAUCAACCCAAAGCAGCGAAAAUAUCAGAAAAUUCUAUAG